AAAAUGAUGAUAACAGCUCUUCAGUUUUUCAGUUUUGAUCAAGUCAUAAGUUGACUUGACUCCGAAUGUAACUAAAUUCUGCUUAUAAAUUAAUUUUACGCGUAAAAACUAAAUUGAGUAGAUACCUUAAGAAUUCCACGUUCUGCAGUAAUUUCAAACUUCGUCCAACAAUACCUUCAUUAACAAUAAUAGUGAUUCUGUCAGUUAAUUUGGAUAUCAUUCAUUUUGGUGGUAUGUAAGAUAAUUGAAAUUUCAUUAGAUUUUCCAUGAGGAGUGAAGUCAGGUCUAACCAACAAGUAAUCAUAUCGAGACAAGAAUAUACCUACUCAAGAUGACUGAAACCGUAUCUAAUGUGUACGACCUGCUAUAUCCCAGCCCUAUCACCCUGAAACAAAUCUCAUCAAUCAUAGUUGCUGUGCAAUUAUGGCGUACAGAAAUCCGCGAUCACCCUGAAAGUAAGCGUUUCCAGGAUUUUGAUUCGGAGGACAACAUUCCAGUGAGAACUGUUCUUCCCACUCUGCCAUCGACGAUUUACAGCUUACUGGAGAAAUAUAUCGACACAUUUAGAAAGUCAGUCGUAAAAUGGCAGAAUUAUCACAAGCGUGUAUUUAAUGAUAGUGGUUCGAUGAUCGUCUUAAGCCGAUUCAAUGAUUUUGCAUGGGACUGGGAUGGUACCAUUCACGAAGAGCGCACAGCCAAACGAAUGAUGAUGUGCGAUCGACUCACUGUAGAUGAGAAAUUCCAGAUCGCUUGUUUGUACUGCUUCGAAAAUGAUAUCAAACACCUUUGGCAAUCUGUCAGCAAGACGAAGCACUUGAAUGAAAUGAAAUAUCGUAAUUCUUCGCUACAGUACUACUGGAUCUGCUACCUUAGAAACAAAUUGCACAGAAUUCCUAAUCCGUUCACUUAUGAUGAUAUUGACAACAUGUAUGAGAAGAGAGGGUUUAAAAACCGUUCAUCGGUCGUGUAUUUUUGGAAUCGUUUAUCAUCUGAUAGGCAGCCACGAAUAGAUGUGUAUUCCAGCGCAGUUUUGGUAUUCUGUCGGUUUAUUUUACCGAAACUAAACGAACAACAACUCGACAUUUUCGUGGCCGAAAAAGGCGUCAAAUUGAUGCAUUUUCUGUUGGAGUUUCGGUCAACACAGUUUCGUGAUCUUGUUCUUCCAACUUGGAAGUAUAUUCAAAGCAGAAUCGAUGCAGCAAGUUAUUCAUAUCUUAUUAACGAAAUGCUCGUAGACGAGACUAUGAAGAGUAAGGAACAUGUUCAUUCUGGAAGAGGAGCGGUUUUGUUCAGCGAGAUUUGGAAAAGUGCUCCGCAGGAAUUCAAACGAUCGGCGUUGGAUGUCGUCCUGCAUAAUGAAAUAAUAAUUCUGCAGAGAAAUCAUACACGAUUGAACACUAUAAGAUCAAUGAAAUUACUAAACAUAGUAUUGCAAGAUGCAGCUUUAGAAGAAAGAAAUGCAUUUUGGUGUAAAAAUUGGCCUAAAUUGAUCUUUAGCGCACCUGUCGAAGAUUUGGAUGUUGCAAUGAAAUUGUCUUUUCGAAGUGAAAAUGAAAUUACACUAUUUAAAGAGAACACUAUGUCGAUAUAUGAAAAUAUGGCCGAAGGGUGCGUCUUGUUACUGAAAUUCGGUGAUUUCAAAGAAUUAAAUGAUUUCUUGUCUUUUUGCUGCCUCGAUGAGCAAAAAAGAGUGGAGUUGAAACAACGAUUAUUGAGCUCGAAUUAUAUUGGAGAAAAUUCUGUAUUUACACGUGACGUAGUCAGAAACAAUAAAUUGCUAAAUGAGUUCGUCGACGAUGCUUUUCGAGAUGCUGCUGAUCUCGGCGUUGAAUUUAGAAACCAAUUAACAUCAUCACCAGUAACCGAAGAAUGUUUACUCGAAUGUAUUCGCUGGUGUCAUGUUGUCGAUGUCGUUCACCUGAUGGAAUUCGUCGACACUUUUAUUGCAGAUGAACAAGUCAUAGUGCCUUUGAAAAAACGUUUGUUUGAGCAUUUCAAAGAUCGUCUUAUUGCUGGUAACGUUCCUGGGUUCGAUAGUGACAAAUUCGAAGCAUUUGUUGUUUGGUUGUUGGGUAGCGAAGACGAAAUUAUCAGAUUCAAGCAGUCAAUAUCAGUAGUGGAUAUUGUUCAUAAUGCGAUGCGAAUUCUUUUGCGAGUACUUGUGAUAGGUAGUGGGGCUAAACUUGGUUUUCCUACGAGUUGUGAGGAUUUUUUAAUGUGGUAUUACAACAAAGAUGAAGAUGAAAUUGAGAAGUUUAUGAAUCUAUUAGAUGAUGAACUGAUGAAGUACUUCUUUAUCGUUCCUAGAGAACAUUUGACGAAUCGUGUCUAGAUGGGUCUAAUUCUUGAAAUGAAAAAUUACUGUUAAGCUUGUCAAAUUGAUAUCGUUUACCUACUUGUUGUAAUGUUUUAUUAUGUCUGCAUCGGUGAUACAUACAUACUUAUCGUAAUUUAUUGUGGUUAGUUAUUGAUUGUAAAGUAGUAGGUUGGGAUGCUGUAAAGGAUUGGUACACUGUUCAGCCAUUUUCUUGCGAAAGCGUAUUUUUUUUCAUAACUCGAAAACAACGACAUUUGCAAAAAUUUUAGAAGAGUUCUUUUUUCGUAGAAAAUUGAAAAAUAUGACCAAAGCAAGAGACUUGAAAUUUCAUACUGUGCAACCGGAAGUGUACAAUAUAUUUAUAAAAAAAAUGUGAAAACCAAAUAUUUUUCAUUUUUUUCUCCAUAUUUUCAAUAUCUCGGGUCCUACAGUUGAAAUUUAAAGAUUGUUGCAAAAUUGGUCGUAUUUUUUUCAUUUCCCACAAAGGAAGAACUCUUCAAAAAUUUCUGUGAACGUUAAUUUUUGAGUUAUAAAAAAUACGAAUUUGCAAGAAAAUGGCGGACCAGGAUACCUCCCUAGUAUCUAUAUAGGUAUUAGGUAUUAACCGAUUGUAUCAUUAUUUUUAAUGCUCGUAAUAAACGUAUUCAAUAAAUUUUA